UCCCAUGGUGCAGUGCGGUUUGCGCUGCUGUUUCUGGCUCUUUUGGCUCAUUUGACAGAGGAGCUGCUGCUGUUCCAGGUUUAGAUCAUGGACCCAGACAAUAAUUCAGAGGAGGAGUCUGUGGGCCCAGAGGAUGCUUCAGAAGAGGAACUGCCUUGUCUUCCCCCAGGCCUCUCUGAUGGCGAGGCCAUGGAGCUCCUUUGGAAGUUGCGUUCUCGUCGGCGCCAGUCGUCCCCAGAGCUCCCAGAGACGGUCUCCUGUCUCACUGCCCCUGAUGGCAGCACUUUGUACUUGGUGGGCACUGCCCAUUUCAGUGACAGCAGUAAAAAGGAUGUGGCCACAACAAUCCGAGCUGUUCAGCCAGACGUGGUGGUGGUGGAGCUGUGCCAGUACAGAGUGUCUAUGCUAAAGAUGGAUGAGAACACGCUGCUGAAGGAAGCCAAAGACAUCAACCUAGAAAAAGUUCAACAGGCCAUUAAACAGAAUGGGCUGAUGUCUGGUCUGAUGCAGAUUCUUCUACUCAAAGUUUCAGCUCACAUUACAGAACAGCUGGGCAUGGCUCCUGGAGGAGAGUUUCGGGAGGCGUUUAAAGAGGCCGGGAGGAUUCCGUUCUGUAAAUUCCACCUCGGGGACAGACCCAUCCCUGUGACGUUUAAAAGAGCGAUUGCUGCUCUUAGUUUCUGGCAGAAGGCGAGACUGGCAUGGGGCCUUUGUUUUCUUUCUGACCCCAUUAGCAAAGAAGAUGUAGAGAAAUGCAAACAGAAAGAUCUGCUUGAACAGACCAUGUCAGAGAUGAUUGGGGAAUUUCCAGCUCUCCACCAGACCAUUGUGGCUGAGAGAGACAUUUACCUCACUCACACACUCAGGCAGGCUACACGCUGUGUGGAGGCGCCCCCUAAUGGCCAGAAAGUCCCUGGUGUCGUCGUGGGAGUCGUGGGGAUGGGCCAUGUCCCUGGAAUAGAAAAGAACUGGGAGAAAGAGCUCAACAUUAAUGAAAUCAUGAGUGUGGCGCCGCCCUCUAGGUUCGGCUGGGUGUUGCAGACCGUCUUUAAAGGCGUCCUAAUGGGCAUUGUGGGAUACGCCUGCUAUCGAGCCGGAGGGACUCUAGGCAGAACACUGUUGUCUUUACCAGCCGUCAAAGGAAUAGUGGAAAAUCUGAGACUAUCCCGCGCUUGAUCCCAAAGGUUUUUCUAGCCAUUAAUGACAAAUCUAUACUAAAAAUGCAUCUAUCACCAAUAGCCUUACUUGGACGUGUGGCUGGAGGGUUUGACCAGUCGCUGCAGUGGACCUCAGGAGGUUAGAUUCUCCUACCUCUGACGCUCUUGUAAACAGAGCAGUACUGCCAAAUAAACAGUAACAGUACUUAGAGCAUUUUGCCAAAACAUUGUUAUAUAUUUUUUUACUAAAACCCAUUUCGUUUACUUUAGCUUUCAUAUCAGGAGCCUUUUAAACAUUAUACCUACUAUUUGUGAGCCAUAACUAGGGUUUCUCAUCUUUACUCAGUGCCCGUAAAAACCCUGGUGCUGUUUCAGUCCAUUACAGCUCUGAAGCUAACCUUAUUUGUAUAUGAUGAUGAGUAAAUUAUGUACAUUUUAAAUAUAAUAUAAAAAAAGAUACAACAUUUACUGUUAAUGUUGACCCACUUGUUGGUCUUAUCAACAACAAGUGCCUGAUUUAGCUGUAAGGGCUGUGCAAGAGAAUCUUUAUAUGGAACAAUGCCUGUUUCUACAACACGGCGUUCGCUCUGUCGUAAUCAUUUUAUUGAUUUAAAUGGGACCAUAGCAGUUCCAUGGUUUUGUACUCGGUCACUGUCAGAUCCAGACUUUAUGCAGGACCUACAGUAAAUGUGCCUCAGGUUAAAAUGCGUUUCUGUCACAUUUUCUCUGCGCUUGUUAAGUUGGACUUUUAUAAACUGGUUCUGGGUUUCUGGUCAUGUAGUUACAAAGAUAAACACUUGUUAUAUGCAUUGACUAUGAGCUAAAAGCCAUCUGAGUAUUUUAAUAAGAAAUACAAUGAGAUUAUGUAUAAUAAUUGUAUCAAAUAUGCAAUAAAUUCCCCAGAGCAGUUUUAUUUAAGAAAACUUUACUGUGAAGUUGUUUUUUUUAAUGUGUUGAUACAGAUGUCAACUGAUGGUGUUUUUUGGUCAUUUUUAUAUUGUGUUUGGGAAUAUUUCUAUUAACUUAUUUUACUUUGAUCAACAUGUUACAACAUUGGACGAGAAGAUUGAAUAAACUUCACCUUAUCACAGU